UGUUGAGUGUCAAACUGUUUUUCGUUUUUUCGUUCGCGUCUUGUUACUUGUAAUAUUGUUUAAAAUUUACUGUCUCAUUGCUAUUGCCACUGCAAUAAAUAUUACGGAUAUGUGAUCUGAUUUAGAACGACUUGGUGAAUUAAUUUAUAUUUUUUAGAUUAGGUAUUAAAUGCUUCCAAAGUCGGCGUUAUAGGUUAAAAUAGUUUCUAAUGUAACGUAUGGAAGGAUUUAUCAAAAAUACGACAGUUUUAAAGUGUUUACGGUGUAGUUAUAGUUCGUAAUAAAGUAAUACUCGUCUGGAAAGAGCAAUGGGUCUGAUCAUAUCUAGAUUUCGACGCAAGAAAACCACAUCAGAUAUACUCGAAAACCUUGAAACUCAGAUAAAGAGCAUCGAGCAAGAUGGACAGUACAAGGAGGAGACCCACAAGAGGGUCAUUGGCUACGUCAUGGCUUACUCCGUGGCUUUGUACCUGCUUUUCGCUGUACUCUACUAUUUUAUGUACGCGGGGAGAAGCCAGAACUGGCUGCACUCGAUACUCCACGUCUCGCCACUACUGAUCCUGCCAGUUCUAGUUAUAUUCCUCCGUUCUGCCAUAUCGUGGUAUUACGAUUGGACAUUGAACAAGAACAGAGCGAAACUAAAAAAAAUGAGAGAGGAGAAAAAGAAGAUUCUAGAAGACGUCAUGAAUACGGAGACUUAUAAGGUCGCUAAAGAGAUACUGGACAAGUACGGCGGGCCUGACGAGCAAUCUAAAGCGAUGAAACCAUUUGCACCGCUUAACGUCCCCGGUACCCCAGUGGCUUCAACGCAACUUCGGCAACGUCUAGCUAUACAGAAUUCUUCUACGCCGAUAUCGAAUAACAAUAUGAUUGUACCUGUGAACUCACCGAUGGCGAUUUAUAAGGGCGCUAGGCUAACGUCGGAACAUCUUCCCCGUCCGUUGCCCGACAGGAAUCGGUCCGCUUUGGACAAAGUGGUCGACUACCUGUUAAAAGACGGACCCAACCAUCGCAUGGCGCUUAUUUGUUCAGGAUGCCGUUCCCAUAAUGGUAUGGCCAUGGCGGAGGAGUUCGAGUUCGUGUCGUACAUAUGCGCGUACUGCGGCCACAUGAACGCAGCCAGGAAGCAAAAACCAGUCGCGCCGCCGCUGACGCCUAUACGCGCGUUGCCCGCACCGCGGCGGUCUAUAGCCGGUAGCGGCGACGACUCCCCGACUGCUAGCUCCGGUAGCGACAGCGAAGCCGACCGAAAUGACGAGACCAUAACUGAGAAUGGCGGGGUUCCAAAUCGUUCUCCCUCGCCGGUGGAGGAAGAAAAGAAGUCCGAGCAAGAGAAAAAAGAAGACUGACGUGAAACUUGUUAUUUAUUGAAUUAAAAAUAUUGUUCCGAGAGCCAGUGGAAAAAUUUGAUUAGGUGCUUGAAAAAACUUAAAUGAUUUCAAGUACUUUUAAUCGUAUGUAACCUGAGUAUGGCAAACUAGACAUAUCAUCUGGUUCUUGGUGGGAUUUAUAAAUUAUGAUUAUAUUCUCCAUUUAUAAAUAUUUAUGAAAUUUAAGUUAAACGAUAUUUCGGGUCGCUAUAUAGUUCUAAAAUCGAAUGGAACUCAAGGAGAACGUUUUAUACCUUUCAAACUUACCUAUGAUAAAGUAAUAGAAAUUCUGAACGAUUUUAUUCGUUUUUUAAACAUGAGUCGAUUAAAUAAUAAAAAAAGUAAAAAUGGUAAGAUGAUGAUAAUCGUAAAAAUCUUGCAAAUAUUUCUGUUUCGGACUUAACGAAACAUACGUUAAAAAUUAAAAACGCAUCUUUGAAAAGAAAAAUAGUUUGUUUCCUAAUGAGCUUGGCAAUAUUCCUUUUUAUUUAUGAACAUUUGUGAGCUCUACUUAAGAUACCUACCAUACUUAAGGAAGGUAGACAAACUUAGUCCAAGCGUUAAGCCUUUAUCCAGCACCUAUUCAAAUUAUCCCACGGCCUCCUGGACCAUAAUUGUUAAAAGUAAUAAUUUAAUUAAUUAAAAGUAAAGUAACGACAAACGACGGAAAUGGGACAGUUAAUGGAUAGCCUUACGGAAUAAAAAAUGCUUUUAAAAUGCGCAUCUUGAAGCUUAGCGCACACGUGUGCAGGCAACACCGCACUGCAUUGCAAAAACCCUCUCAUUAGUUUUGCACUGCGUCUCCGAAUUAUAGGUAUAUAUGACAAUUUUGACAAUAAAAUGGGUUGUCCUUUUGUAAAGGUUCUUUUCCCAUUCCAUAGACAACUGAACUUUUUUUGCUGGAUGAAAGUUGCCAUAUGUCCUCUUCUGUAUCGCGGUUAACUUAUUUGUAAAUUAAAUGAUAGAUGAUGUGAUUUUGAGUAGGCGUGAAAGCGUGACAAACAAACCACCUUACUCACUUCCUCGCAUUUUAUCAUCUGAGUCGUCUGAGCGUAGUACUCGGAAUUUUACAUUGAAUUAGCGAUACUCUCUGUCACCGUGUGCGUUAACCCUCAAAAGCUAAACGGGCGCGAUCAAACAUUCUUCAUAUGAAACAAGCUUAGCCCGCGGUAUUGCCCGCGUUUACUAUUUUCA